CCCAGUUUUCUCUCUCCACCCCCGCUCUUGCGCCAUGCAAGUCUGAACAUGGAUGCCAUUGCUUCUGGCUUACAGCUAAGUGCGACGGAUAUCCAGACAGAGUUGUGUGUGCCCGGCCUCCACCUCCACCCCCAUCUCCGCGCGCACAAUCUUUGCUGACAUUGCGUCCAGGAACUGGAAUGCCUAUUUCACUCUCCCCGCGUUCACUCUUCUUUUCUACGACUAUCUGCUUACGCUCGAGCGCGAGGUGCAGCUCUACUGGGGCACCCGGAUAACCCGCGCGACCGCCCUGUUCUACGCGAAUCGCUACCUUUCCUUACUGGGACAUGUGCCCGUCAUGCUGGAGUACUAUUGGACCACGAUAGAUGAGGGGGAUCCAGCCAAAGUCAAGGUAUGCCAUCCCCUGCAGUCGUUCCACCAAUGUUUCGCGGUCGUCUCGCAGAUCCUCGUCGCGACGAUGCUCAUACUGCGGACUUACGCUCUGCACGAGCAGAGCAAGCGAGUGCUAGCUCUCAUUCUGAUGGUCUCUGCGUUAGUCCUGGGUAUCGGUGGUUGGUCGAUCGUGACGUCCCGGGAGCCACGUGGGACCCACCGGUCGGAUUUCUAUCCCAGAAUCGGGUGCGCCGCUUACCUGACGGAUUUCGCGUCCCGAAGAAUCGGCUUUGCGUGGAUUGGGAUGUUGGUGUUCGAUGCGAUGAUCCUUGGCCUCACGAUCUCCAAGGCGUUUAUGAGGCAGGAGCGGGGUACUGUGAGCAGCUUGGGCACAGGCAGGCCGAUAAGCCUGGCUGCGACACUCGUACGCGACGGAACGUUGUAUUUUUUAGUGAUGGCUCUGGCGAACAUCGGCAAUAUCAUCAGUUAUAUCUACGGAGGGCCCUACGCUCGCGGGUCCGCCACGACCUUGUCAAACGUCCUCUCGUCGAUUCUGAUCUCACGCUUCAUGUUCAAUCUGCGGGAUAGAAAGCCGGCAAACCGCAGUCAACGAGUCUCCGCCUCCAGUCCGUUCUGCACCACUGGGAAUGAGGCCCUUUCAGAGUCUGUCCCGAUGACGGUCGUCUCGGCCUAUUUCGGAACAGAGAUCGAGGAUGAGAACGGAGAUACAUAUGGGAGAACGAAUUAUGCUGCUGGCUCCUCGGUCUCACGAUCGCCGUCUGCGAUACGAUAAAUGUUAAUGACAUUUUUUGGCGUUUUCUCAACGCUCACACAGGUUGUGGUCCUACUGAAUACCCUUCCGGAGACCUGCCCAUACAUACCAUGUAGCAUUUGCUUUUGUCCUGUUUUUAUUAUCUGGAACUCGCUUGCUUCCGCUGGGAAGUAUUCUGUCGACACAGUGCAAGGCAUCAAAAGCCCAGAGAAGAAGACCAGCAGACACUGUGCUUAUCCGGCUCGAAGGCCUUCGAACCACACGAGCAUGGAAACGGGAUCCAAGGUUAUGGAAAUCGCUGCAUGCUUAUCGCACUUGGAAAGGAGGACAGCGAAAGCCCCUGCCUAGAACUUAUGACGCGCCCUGGCCCUUAAAUAGCAUCACAUGCAUUCGGCAACGUGACAUCUGUGACACCGGUUCUAUCCCCCACACCCCACCACAACCCCAAGACGCUCACCAUGCCGUACUCCGCUGCGAUCCUCAUUGCCGAUGGAACUGAGGAAAUGGAAUUCACGAUCCCGUACGACACCCUCAUUCGCGCAGGGGUCUCGUGCCGCUCUGCGUUCGUGCCCGCGCCUGAGGCCGAGGUGAAACCGUACGCCGUCGGGUCGCGGGGGAUGAGGAUUAUGUAUGAUGCGCUGUUUGAGAAACACGAGUUCUGCCCUACCGCAUACGACGUGCUCGUCAUUCCGGGUGGCGUCAAAGGCGCGGAAACGCUCUCCCAGAACGCUGAUGUCCAGGCGCUUGUCCGAGAAUUCCUGAGAGCUGGAAAGUUUGUCGGCAUGAUUUGUGCAGGAAGCAUGACAGCAUUGACGGCGGGGCUCGCACAUCAGCCACUCACAUCGCAUCCGAGCGUCAAGGCGCAGCUGGAAAAAGGCUUCGACUACUCGGAAGAGCCGGUCGUUGUUUCAGGCAAGCUCGUUACCAGCCGAGGUCCAGGCACCACGUUCCCCUUCGCUCUGACGCUCGUCGAGCUGCUUUGCGGUCAUGAGAAGCGCAUCGAGGUCCAGGAACCCAUGAUCUUUCCACCAAAUACCCCGCUAUGAAGCCGAAAUUACCACUCCUGUCUAGAAACGCGUGAUAGACGAUUCUGAAUUUGAUCGAGUUCUCUACUUCUUUGCGCGAUAUGUUAUAUAUGACAGGAACCCUGAAACUGUCUCCGAAGGUUAGCUCGCCAGGUUAGACGUCUGCAGGGAUUUUGAAUUCGGGAUACUUAGCCCUAAUUCGACGAACGUUGGCUCCAUUAGCGCUUGCUAGUACCUCAACUUCGAGAUCGACAUUAAGCGCAACAUACCAGUUCUUUACGAGCUGGUAGCGCAUCAACCAAGAAGUCUAGAUGUGCAUUCACACGAAUCUAGCCGGAUUCAGCAGACUUUACAUACCGGCUUGGGAGAGUGGCUUGUGAUGGCUUGUAGUGGCUGUCGGAGUUUGAAUUUGGCUGACGGGGCUUGGCUUGCGUGAUGCGGGCUUGGGCGUGGCUUGUGAGUAAUUUCUCCUCCUGAUUGACAUCGUCCCCGACGUUCCCGACGCUUUGGGUCUCCCACCGAAGUUAGGUUUAUUUUACUAGGUACCAUUUAUGUAAUUAAGUACUUCCCGA